CAUUUGCGCUAGUACUGAUCGUUUGAUCGGAAGAACAUCUUGGUGUAGUAGAAAAACGCUGUUUAACUAAUCAUGUCACAUUUUAAGUUGGCUGUUGUGUUUACACUGUUGGCCAUUACCAGCAAAACUGAGGCACAGUGCACGGAUAAUCCAUGCGGCACCGGGGCGUCGUGUCGAUUGAAUGCGGCCGCCAUUCCGGUCUGCUCGUGCCCGUUCGGUUAUCUCGGCGAUCCGUUCAAGGAGUGCAUUCGGCCGGAGUGUGUCAGUGACGGCGACUGCACCGAGUUUCAGGGAUGCCGCAAAGGCAAGUGUGUCGAUCCCUGCGUUGUGAGCUGCGGCACGAACGCUGCGUGUACGACCAAACAUCAUGUACCUGUGUGUUACUGCCCCGAAGGAUUCACGGGUAGCCCGUUCGAACGCUGCGAUCCGCUGUAGUCCUCUGAAAAAUCUGAUCCCAUCAUUGAUCCGCCCCUUUUAAUCCCGCGGAAACACAUGGUUCGCUGCGAAGGCGAAUGAGAAUCGAAAACACGUGACACAUACCGGUUAUGUUUUGGUUUGUUUUUUUUUAUACAAUUUUUCGAUGAGCUUUUGCGUUCAUUCUUAGCGUUCGGGUUCUUUUAAAUACACGUUUUGCCGAGAAAAUCAAAGAAGCGUUACAGUUAUCAUAAUUAUUAUUACUGAUAUUAUAUUACUAUGAUGGUUUGCUGGAUGAUGCAAGUGUGGCUGCUUGGAUUGCAUUCGACAUCGGUUGUUCGUUGGUUUUGUGGUGACGAUGAGGAGAGGUUGUCGUUGUUUGACGAUCGAACAACAUCCAAAUAAACAUAAAAAAGCACAAC